UUUGAUGUUGUAAAUAAUACAAUUUGCAGAAUUUUUUGACAUAUAUAGGUUGUUGGAAAAAAACCACGAACAUUCUUUUCUUUUAAAACAUUCACUAAAUACGACAUAAGAGCUCUGAUAAGAAUUACUUCAUGAACAAAUCAUUCUGAGGAUUAUAUUACAAUAGUUUCCGCCAAAGUGCUAAAGUUCAGCUUAUUACUUCCGCGUCAAUGACGAGUUAUACAUGAAGUAUAUUUUCAUUAAAACCAUAUAACAAUUUAAUUUUACAGAGACGGGACAGUAUCGGUGCUAUGAGAUAUAGAGCAAUGAACGUAAAAAGAACAUUUUUGUGGUGCCUUUUUCUCGUUGGACUUGUUGUGUCUGAACGAUGUGGAGACGGUCAUUGCAAGUGUAAAAGAGCCGAAAAAGUUGCCACAUGUAUGUCCAAAAAAAGACAGCUGAACUACUUUCCUACUCUGCCAUCUUACGUUCAACAGCUCAAGUACAGCGGCAACUAUCUUCCAAACCUUACUCGAGACUCUCUCAUCAAUAUGACCAGGCUAAAUCUCACAGGACUCAAUCUAGACAAUAAUAUGAUGAAAAAUGUUGAUCCAAACGCUUUCGAAGAUUUGAUAUAUCUCGUUAAACUUCAAAUUUCCCACGACAAGAUACUUAAUGGAAAUAUUCUUGCCAGUGCUCUUCAUAAUGUGAGUCGUUCCGUCGAAAAGUUAGUUUUGCAGCACAACAAAUGGGAUUGGAUACCUGACAACGUGUUUGAUGGUCUAAAUGGCUCAAAUGUUUACUAUAUCGAUCUCUCUUUUAACAACUUGCGUUCAUUCAACGGUACACGGCUUCUGCUAAAAAUUCCUAGACUGAAAUACUUGAUUUUAGAUGAAAAUCCCUUAUCGCAUAGUGAUAUCGAUUUUCAUAACAUGGAAUAUAUGUUUAAAAUAAGCUUACAAAAUACAUAUAUCCAAAAAGUUCCCACGUUUUGUGACGGCGAUGGAGAAAGUUUUUUGCCUCGUUUGCGAUCUCUCUAUUUGGAUCGCUCUUCAAUGAAAUCCGUUUCUAGAGAAGAUUUUCCCGGUAGAUGUCUGCCAUUUCUUUGGAAGUUGUCUCUCUCAUUCUCAGACAUCAGCAGUAUUCAUAACGACACAUUUGCUGGUUUGCCAGUGCUGAAGUAUCUUUUGUUACAAAAUAUGGUCAAACUAAGACUCCUGGAUUAUUUUGCUUUUCAUUCUGCAUCUCUUGAACUAUUGAAUCUUGGAUCUUCAAAGUUUAAAUUUGUUUACAAAGGUCGAUACAAUAAUGAUUUGUUUAAGUUUACGCCAAACAUGAACAAUCUUUCUCUUUUCGACAAUCAAAUCACGGAUGGUUCUACUUUGAAAACGCUUUUAUGGCACCUGGUCAGACUGCAAAAGUUAAAUCUUCAGAGCUGUGAUUUAAAUUAUCUUGCACGUGGAACAUUUGAUAGAAUGCUAGAUCUUCGAAUUAUCAUUUUAAAAGGUAAUAGCUUGUACGGAUGGGAUCCCGACAUGUUUAGCAAACUUUCAAAUCUGAACACACUGUACCUGUCUGGAAACAAUAUUGCCGUUGUGAACAGAACCUCCCUUGAGUUCAUAGCUAAAAUAAAUCUUGAAUAUAUUGACUUAGCAAACAAUCCUUUAGCAUGUUCCUGCCAACAGCUGUGGUUCCGUGACUGGCUAAAGGAAAGCAAAAACAUAACAGUUCCUCACUAUCCUAGCAGAUAUGUCUGUAGAUCUCCCCCAGAAUGGGACAAAAAAAUGUUAGCUUCAUUCAAUUACACCGAAGAAGAUUGCCGGGAGAAAAAUCCUUGGAUUUUGAUAGGAAGUGUUCUAGGAUCGGUUGUUUUUGUGUGCAUGGUUGUCGUCAUCGUGAUAUACACACAUCUUCCGACCGUCAGAAAUAUCAUCUACUUGAUUCGUUUACGCAGGAAAGGCUACGUGAGACUGGUGAACUCCGAGGAGUACAUGUUUGACUGUUAUGUCGUUAGCUGUGAAACUGAUGAACAUUGGGUUUUCCAGACUUUGUAUUCUACAUUAGAAGACGAGUAUGCUUUCCACCUGUGCAUACCUUCAAGAGAUUUUGAUGUCGGUGAGAGCAAAGCUGAUCAAAUUGAAGAAAAGAUGAAGGAAAGUAAGAAAAUCAUCAUUGUGAUGUCUAACGAUUUUGCUCAGGACGAAUGGUGUCAGUUUCAGCUAGAGAAAGCACAGGAGCGGAUCCGAAAUCAAGGAAAAGAAGCAGUGGUCCUCAUCAUGCUUCGUGACAUUGAUCACAAACACAUGACGUCAACCAUCAAGAAUCUGUUACGUAAAAGUUCGUAUGCAACAUGGGUGAAAGGUAAAAUCGCUACCAAGCUGUUCUGGGACAUUGUUGUAGCUGCUAUAGAAAAGCCUUUCGGAAACCCUCCUGUUGCUAUUUGAUGAAAAUGAUAACGAUUGUGUUCCUUUCGACAAAAUACUGAGUACUAUCGCAAGUUGUCAUUAACGCGUAUGAGAUGUUGAAAAACAUUGUAAUAACAAUGAUUGUAGAUAGCAAUUGUAUGUUUUGUAGCUUAAAAAAAACAGUAUUUAUAAAAAUAUUUCCAUUGCAUGUAAUUGUAUUAUUGUAUAUAUUAAAAUGUUUAGAUGUCUGUAUGCUAGAUUAUGUACUCCUUUUGUAGUUUUGUAGUCAUAUAUAACUCGAAAUCGUAUGUUAUUCCAACCAUCCGAGACUUGUUAGGACAAAAGUGUUUGAUAUACUCAAAUAUUCAAUAAAAGAUUUUAGAAUAAAA